CAGGAAAGAUGCCCGCAUCGCAAACUGGAAUUGGCAGCUUUUUCUUGGAGCGGAACAUCAGCAUGCCGACUGGAUACCAGAUCCCGGUGCUGGGAUGCCCACCGGGUUUGCAGCAGCAACAGGCUCAGCAUCUGGCAGCGAUGGCAGCCGGAAUUCCAAUAACGUACUCUGGACUACAGGGAUACAACUUCAUACCCUAUCCACACCACAGGCACAUCACACACAUGAACAACGGGUUCGACUUGAAGGCCGCCUCUCCUUACCAUCACGCGCUACUGGCUCGAGGGGGGGCUUUCUAUCCACCGUAUCGCCCUGGAGUAGCCGAGGAUCCCGGUAGGGUCGCCAAAGUGGCCACCCGAGAGAGCACCGGGGCACUCAAGGCCUGGCUUAACGAGCACCUGAAGAACCCGUAUCCGACCAAGGGCGAGAAAAUCAUGCUCGCCAUCAUCACUAAAAUGAGCCUCACGCAGGUCUCCACCUGGUUCGCCAACGCAAGGCGACGCCUGAAGAAGGAGAACAGGGUCAGCUGGGCGUGUAAGGGGAAAUCAGACGAGGAGGACGACGAGCAGGAGGGAGAGAGCGACGACGCCGACAGUUCCAUGCAGAACGGUCAUCUGGAUGAGGAAGAGCCUCAAAGUGACCCCGCACACACCGAUGAGCACGAGGACGGCGCGUUGGACAGCUCGGCGUGUGUGGAGGCGCGGUUGGAGAUGCCGCAGCAGCCAAGCAGCGAGCACGAAGACAGCAAACUGGCACUUGUAAAGAAAAUUGAAAAGAGUGACGCUGAUCACACGCUCUCUGCUUUGGAGAGUAAAGAAAACAUUGCCAGUCAGAAACCCAAAAUCUGGUCUUUGGCCGAGACCGCCACCUCAGAGACUGUGAAGAAACCCCUGGACAAUAUUUACCACCCGGCCGGUAAACUGUGGGCUGAGUGGGCGUCCAGAAACGGACUGUUCGUUCCGUCAUGUUACACCACUCAUGAAAUUGUCUGAGUGGGUAUGUAGACACACAUAAGAGACACUUUUCCACAUCUAUGCACUUUAAUCUUUCAAAUCUCAGGUCGAUUAUUCCUGAAGUUUGCAGUAAAACGAAAACCUGUUUUGAGACCAAAGACUAAAAACAUGUUGUAAAUAAAUUGUAGAUGUAUUUUUCCAUCGCCAACGUGUAAAUUAUGUUUCCU